AUGCGAUCUCCACCUCCGUUUGCCACCCUGGCCCCCCUGCGCAAGCCACCUUCCGUCGCGGACGUCGAGAACGCCGUGCUUGAAGACCACGUUAUCAUGGAGGACGUCACCUGCGCCAUCUGCCUCUCCAUCCUGCACGAGCCAACCUCGCUGCAGCAGUACGUCCUCGCGUCGAGCGACGAUGUCGACCUCGCGGACGCUCCGGGAGGCGCGCGAGAUGUCGAGGACGUGGAGAUGGCGCUUGGCCGCGCGCAGGCCGAGGUCGAGCGGCUGCGGAUACGCAAGGAGCAACUCGUGCGCAAGGCCGAGGCACUCGGCGCGAUGCGCUCGGUGCGCUCUCGGCACGGGGAGGUGACACUGACCUGA